GGGCAUCAGCUUGUGAGUCAGCAUCAGCUCUCUGUGGUCACGCCUCGGCAACAGUUGCCAGCCUACGAGAGCGGACAAUUCCCAGGACAGACACUUUUGCCUCUGGGCAAGCUGGGCCAUGCGCCGCAUUACCACCUGCCUCCUUCGGGCUACGGGCCGGCAAGCGCGGGUCCGGCAUACUCGAGCCCGCCCGGACUGGGCGCUUCUGGCGGCGGGUAUGCGCAAUCCUCCUGCGAACUGGCUGCCUCUUUGCCGCUGCGCUCGCGCAAUCUCAGCUCCCCGGGCGCCACCAUGUCGGCGGUGACGGCUGCUUCUGUCGCUGCAGCUGGACUCCGCUUUCCCGCCUAUCCGCAGGGCCGAGUGGAGGAGGCGGAAGAGGAAGAGGAGGCGGCGGAGGCGGCGCUCUCGACCGGCGGGUGUCCCGGAGAGAUGGGAGAAGCCGCUCUUCCGCGCCGCUCCGGCGAGUCGGCCGUGCACUCCUACGCCGAGCUCAGCCCCGGCCUCGGGCCGAUCGACUUCCUCGGCCUGGCCGGCUCACCCAGCCGCCAGCUCUGUCUCCUUCAGACCCCAAUCGCCUACCCUCCGACCGCCCAUCUUCCGCUGCCCGGUCAUUCUGGGCCGCACACGCCGUGCGCGCCCGCUGGCCAGCCGCACCUGCAUCAGUCACACCAGCAUCCGCUGAGUUUGGCCGCCUCGUCGGCCAGCUCGAGUUCCGCCAUCUCCGGCCCCCUCGGCGCCCUCACGCCCUCCCUCGGCACAACACCGCCGCUCUCCACGGCCUCGUCGUGCCCCAGUCCCGGCUCCAUCUCCGCCCCGGACAGCGCCAGCACCGCCGGCGGCGGGCACUCCUCCAGACCGGCACUCAGUGCCGACGCCAAGGCGCCCACAACGCCGGGACUCUCUCCGAGCCCCGGACAGCUGGGACUGUCGGAGACCGCCGCGCCGUUGAACGCCAGCUUGAGCGCCACCACUCUCUCCGGCUCGGGCCUGCCAGCUCAUCCGAGCGUGGGGCAAAGCCUGUCUCACGCCUUGCCGGGCUCAGUUUCUUUCCCCACCCGGCUCGCCGCGCUCCAGGCACAGCAACAGAAGCAGCAGCAUCUCAUCCCCACCGCACAGGCUGCGCAUCUGCCUCCAGUCGGUGGAGUGGUGGGUUCUUCCGUCGCCGCCUCUUCUUCUUCCUCCGCCUCGUCGGCGGAAAUAUCUUUGGAGCCCGGUGACGCAUCUGUCGACAGCAACGAACGCCACGACGAGUUAAUGCUACUCGACGAGUCCGAAGGGAGCAUCGAUGGUGUCGAUUGCAUGGAAGGUGCCGAAUGCAUCGGAGAUGCUGGUCUCGUCUCCUCGCGUCUUGAAACUUGCCCAGUAGAGACGUCGGCCUUCGUCUCUGCUGCCUCAGUUUGUAGUAAUAGUAGCAAGCGUCGUUUGCUGGUGGAGACUGGCUUUUCUGCUGGAAGUUGUUCUGACCUGGAGGUCGACGAUGAGGAGGACGAGGAAGAACAAGAAAGCGAGAUGGACGAGGGAGGGAAAAUGUCUCUGGUUGUACGGGACACGCUAUCCCGAAGAUGCUUAGGCGGCAGGCAAGAUUCACUAUCACUUGGUGUGAAACUUGAGUCCGUUGAGUCCUGUUUGCGAUCUGGGAAUGGAGUUAUCGGAGGUUUGACUGAUUCUAACAGCCUGGAACUCGAGUCCCGUCACUCAACCUGCUCGCCGAUGCAGACACCGCCGCCUCUCUCGCCUGCCGCGUCUGGCCCCGGCAGAUCCUCUCCCAGCUCCACACUUAGUCAGACAUCUUCGAGCCCCGUUUCCAGACCUGUCGGCUCCCCGGGACUGUUGCUCAGUCUCAAAGUGACUGGAACUCUCUCAGACCUUCGUGCUGUUCCAGGCCCUGACUGUUUGAUGCCACCUGACCGACUGGAGACGAACGGACAACUGAGUGGGAUUCGUAUCAGCAGACCCGGAGAGACCGAAUGCAGGAGUACAACUGCGGCACAGGCUAACUAG